ACGUUUUGUAUUUUAACAGAUUGUAGUUAAAUUUAGCUCAUAGUUUAGUUGAAAGCAAAUUGAACAUUUACAAACACAUUAACAUGGGAUGUAUGAAUCAUGAUCAUCGAUUGGGAAUUUUCCUUCUUGCGCUUGCUGGGUUUCUGCCAAUUGCAUUCAGUGCAUGUACCAAUGGAAAAUCACCAUUCAACUUAUAUUCCAUGUCCGGGUCUUUAAAAUCAACGGGUUAUCCGGAGUACUAUUAUGGAAAUGAGAGAUGUGACUGGAGUCUGAAUCCGCCAAAAGGACGUGUACCGGAGCUUCUCAUAAUCGAUAUAGUUAACGUUGAUACUAAUGUAGACGGUUUGCCAGAUGCAGCCGAUGUUUGCUACAACACAAAGAAUUUUCUCAAUCUAGGGCCAGUUCGAGCAUGUGGAAAGGAAGGACCUGUCUGUCUCGCUAUUCUCAUGAAAUACAGUUCAAACCUGGAUUGCCAUCGCAAAAUAUUGAUGGAAUAUCCGACUUGUCAUUCACUUGUCCACUCAACCUGGCCUUUGGAUAUCUCAUUUCAAACUGAGGAAGCCGACUUCACAAAAGCUGGAUUUAAAUUGGAUUAUAAGUUCGUUGACUGCAGCGCGCCCCUAACUACUCAGUCUACUACGACUACAGUGUCUCCCGGUGCCAUAUCAAUGACCUACAACGUAAGUGCAGCGGGAACAGACUCUGGCACAACUCCUUCUACUGUCACAACCACAACGGCGACUCCUGUCACCACCCCCACAGCCCGAACAACAACAACGCAGAUAUCGAGUACGGAAUAUAUCGAAAAAAGAACGUUACAAACAGCAAAAACUAAAAGUACAACUACUACUAGGAUCACAGCGAGCACAAAAAUAGCGAAAGAUACCAUGGAGCCUGAAGACGCCGGCAACACGAAUAUGAUUCUGAUAAUAACUCUUGUCGUCUUGCUUGUUAUUUUCUUGUUUGUUGUUAUUGCUGUUAUUUUCAGAAAAAGACUUCGAACCUGGGUAGUUGAGAGGAAAGACUCCAAGCAAUUAAACGGUCCUCCAAGUCGAGACGGAACAGCCCAGUACACCGAAGCAUACAUUAUACCUAUCGAUGGAAACUAUACUUACGAGCGCCCGCUGCCGGCAACGGAAAUUGUACUUAACGGCGACGCGAAUGGGAAUAAGUAUGAUAAAUUGAAUGAGAUCACAAAAGGAGAAACCGAUAGUAAAGUGGUCAUAAGCGAUGGAAAAACAAUUGAAAAUGUUCACUAUGAGUCCAUUGAUACGUAAAUUACAGUAUUUCAAAUGAACAAUUAUACAAACGGUACGCAAGCACUCCACGAGAUGAGAAGCAUCAAAAGAUGAAGGUGAAACGCUCAAAACUUGUAACAAAUCGCUUAGGUAAAUGCAAGGGAAAACUUUUCAUAAAGUCAAAUUUAAAGUCAAUAAAUGGGAUCGGUUGAAUACAUAUAAACGACUUGCAUUAAGGACAACCAAACUAGAGGAAAGAUCGGGCCCAAAAAUUCCAGCCCGACUCGACCCAGGCCUGUGGGUAUUAAACCCGACCCGACGAAUUAACUGGAUUUGCAGGCCCGAGCCCGAAGCAAACCCGAAAUUUCAUAUUUUAUUUAGUAGUUCGUGAAAUUGUCAUUGCAAGAGUUUAGUACAGUAUGUGUCGUGUUGAUGAGGCAACUUCUGUUUUUUGCAGACCACGGUUUCCCGUGACUAAAGCACGACCGAAACGCCCCAUUUAAAAAAAAGUCAGCGAUAGAGAAAUUCAACAUAGUGAUUGACAUUUCAGGUCCGACCCCGUACUAAUUUCGGGACGGGUCGGGCAUGGACUCGGGCUUCAGAUCUUAGCUCUAAAUCUAACACGAACAAUUCAAGUCAAUACAUCUGCAAUAAUAACGCAGAACCAAUCGUGCUAAAAAUAACCAUAUCAGUUCAUUGCCAGACUUACAUCCUCUCGUGGAAAAUUGUGAGCAAAACAUCACAGGUCUUUUAAAUAAUAUUUUUGAAACACUAUCCCGAAGUCCUUAUAAACUUAUUGAUAUUUUAUUGCGUUCCAGAGUUUAACACCCUCUAAAACCAAUAAUUCAUGUUCUGUUUAGAAUAUUGUCUUAUAUACCGAGUAAAUUUGAAAAUUGUCCAUCCCACAUUCUGUAUUUCUGCGUGAGGUAAAAGCCAAUAUCGAGACAAAAACACCAGUACAUCAAACGCACUUAGGAAAACGUAUGUUGUGGCUGUGCAUCGUUAUUCGUUUCAAUGUUCCCAGUUCUUCGUAUUCGUAUAGUCUACAAAAUGACAUCUAAUAAAAUUUGCAUGAAUGCCCACAAAAUCAUUCUUUAAUAUCAAUAUAGGUUCCAUUUCCGUUUAUAUAUUACACAUACAACUCAGUAAAGUCUUAAUUUGUUGGUGUCUUUAUAUUUCUUUCUCUUUUUUGUAAUAAAAUAACAAUAUGG